AUGCUGGCAGCCACAGGAGGAUCACUCAUCACCGGGCUUUUGAUUUUCAACCUUCGUGGGCAAGUGCCCAUCGCAGAUGCGGAGCACGAACAGCAUCGAACCAAUGAACAGAAGAAACCGAGCUAUGUAUAUGCGUCAAAGGAAGAUAUGGGUAGGGCAAUUUUGGAAAUCCGAAAAGAACUUGGAGAGGAAGGCAUCACCACCGACGAUGAUGAUCUGAGACAACAUGGAUUUUCCGAGUGGUCCUCGAUCAACAUUGACCAGCUCCCUACGGCAGUUGCCUUCCCCAACAGCACCGAGCAAGUCGCCAAGAUUGCCAGAAUCUGCUCCAAGUAUAAAGUUCCAAUGAUUCCUUAUUCCGGCGGAUCGAGCGUGGAAGGCCAUUUCUCAGCCGCUUUUGGUGGGAUUAGUGUUGACUUUAUGAGCAUGUGCGAUAUCGUCGAGUUUCACCCGGAAGACAUGGAUAUUGUUGUUCAACCCUCAGUGUCGUGGAUGGAUAUGAAUGACAAAAUCAAAGAAAGCGGGCUAUUUUUCCCAAUUGACCCGGGCCCUCCUGCGAAAAUCGGUGGGAUGAUUGCCACAAACUGCAGUGGCACAAACGCUGUGCGUUACGGUACCAUGAAGGAUUGGGUAAUUAAUUUAACUAUGGUUUUACCGGAUGGCCGUAUCCUUAAGACACGGCAGAGGCCUCGUAAGUCAUCAGCGGGCUAUAACCUGAAUGGCCUCUUUACCGGUGCCGAGGGAACCCUGGGAUUCGUGACAGAAGCAACCUUGAAGCUAGCACGAAUCCCAGAAGAAACCGGAGUUGCCGUCACAUCAUUUCCAACCAUGAGAGAUGCGGCAAACGCUGCUAUCCAGGUUGUGCGCCAGGGAAUCCCCGUCGGGGCCGUCGAACUUCUGGAUGACGUACAGAUGGAUGUUAUCAAUCGAAUGGGCGAUACGGGGAGAGAGUGGAAAGCAGAACCCACGCUCUUUUUCAAAUUUAGCGGCACCAAGGUAGGCGUGCAAGAUAACAUCGACGGCGUGAGUCACAUUGUGCAUGCAAAUCACGGGUCCGACUUAGAAGUCGAAAAGGAUACGUCAAAGCAGGAAGCGCUUUGGUUCGCUCGCAAGCAAGCAUUGUGGAGUAUGCUCUGUCUCAGAGAAUCCGGUCAUGAGGUUUGGUCUACAGACGUUGCGGUUCCAUUAUCCAAAGUUUCGGAUCUUGUUGAGAUUUCAAAGAAAGACCUCGACCGACUCGGCCUUUUCGGCAGUAUGCUUGGACAUAUCGGGGAUGGCAACUUCCAUGAGACAAUUCUAUACGAUGGCAAAAAGGAAUAUGAGUCGGUAUCCAAGUGUGUUCACGAUAUGGUUCACCGAGCUAUCGAAAUGGAGGGUACCUGCACGGGUGAACAUGGCAUUGGGCUUGGAAAGAAGGAGUUUAUGGUACAGGAAGUAGGCGAAGAAUCCCUUUCUGUGAUGAGGGCGAUCAAGCAAUCAUUGGACCCCUAUUGGCUGAUGAAUCCUGGAAAGGUGUUUGAUCCUUAA